AUGCCCCAGAGUCAACAGCCAAUCAUAUGGGGGUUGGGCAUCUCUUUCUCCAUCGUUGCUAUUGCGGCCGUCGUGCUUCGAUUUUGGGCUCGCCGAAUCAAAGGCCAAAAAUUGGGAUCUGAUGACUGGACCAUUCUGGUAGCUCUGAUACUCGGGCUUUCUGUAACAAUAGAUAUGCUUAUUAUGACCCAGCUCGGCGGUCUUGGUAGUCACUCAGAAUUCAAUGCCGAUGGAACCCCUCUCAAUCCUAAGGCUGCUAUAAUCCUCGCUAAGACAAUAUACGCGCUUGAGCUACUUACAUGGCCUGCGGUGGGACUGACUAAAAUCAGCGUUCUUCUGAUGUACAAACGUAUUUUUAGCACUCCAAGAUUCCAGAUAGUGACCUGGAUAAUGAUCGGAGUCAACGUCGCCUGGAUCUUAACAUUUACAUUUGCGCUUAUGUUCUCGUGCUUGCCAAUUGCGGGGCCAUGGACGGGGACAGAGUAUAAAUGUGUCAAUCAAGAGAUUCUAUUUACCGUCGCUUUGGCGACAGAUGUCGCCACAGACUUUUUGGUACUAUUCUUACCGGCAUAUGAAGUUAAGAAGUUACAGAUGCCUCUUUCACGAAAGAUCCUAAUCAUAGGCAUCUUCUGUCUGGGUGGUUUGGUUAGCAUCGUCGGCGUCGUUCGAAUUCACUUUUUGACCACAAUCUAUGCCUUCCUAUAUUCCAGUCAUACCCAGCCGGAUAUCACAUGGCUCUAUGCGCCAACCUACUACUGGACCAUCAUUGAAACCAAUGUCGGUGUCUUAAGCGCAUGUCUUCCCACACUCCGUCCAAUCCUAGAGCGUGUCACAUAUAGCCGCCAAUUUUCACAACUUACCCAUCUUUUCUCCUCAUCGAGCACUAAGACAGGCGAUAUCCGUCUUGGUUCCGUUGAAGACUUAAAUUCGAACAAGAGACCCAGUGAAAGGGUCAGCUCCGUGUAA